GAAAGACAUAAAUAAAUCAUGAAAAAAUUAGUCAAGUAUGGCUUUAGAGGGACAGAGAGAGAAGUAGAGAGGAAUACGUUUGUGUUUAAUUCUAAGCGAUUUAUAAAUUUGUAUAUUAUGUACAUUUAUAGAUAUAAAAUGGAUGUAUUUUAGUAACAAUGUGUAAAUUGUUAUACACAUAUAAGUGCACUUAUGUUGUGUGUAUAUAUAUAUAUGUAUUUUAUGUGCAAUCGCCUUAUAGAUAUUACUACAACAGUAUAUUUUUCCUUAUGCAGUACUAUAAAUAGGAGCGAAAAACGAUACAUAUACCAAAGAUUAAGCGUCUGAAAUGUAUCUUUUAUUUCUUAUUCUUCUUUAAUACGAGGAAUCUUGUAUUGAACAGAAGAAUAUCGGCUCCGAUGUUCUUUAGUUUCGUUUGUACACAAAAUUUUGAAUCUUAUAUAACGAUGUAAUUAAAUAUAUAAAAUUUUGGAACGAAAAAGAUUGAAAAUGGCUGUGAAACAUAAUAUUUGUACAUUAUCAUUGCCUACGUUAACGGAUACAGCGUCCAUUAAGAAAGAGAAAGUUCGGAAAAAUCAUAUUUCGAACAAAAGGUGUAAAUCUUAUUAUUACGUUUGCCUGGGUGCUCUGAUGCAUACAAUAGAUAAGCAAAUUAAAGACAAAUAUACUGAAAAUAAUUAUCUAUAUUUAAUUGGAUCAAGAUACAUAAAAAAUCUUUAUAAAUGGCUACAACAUUGCAAAUACAAUAAAGUACUUGUAAAUGACUUUCUAAAGUCGCUUAUUACAUCAGUAGCUUUAUUUGCAAUAGGAGUAAAACUGACUAACGAAUUAGUUGCAUGGAGGAUAUUUUAAUCUAUAGUAAAGGAGUUUUAAAAAAACGUCAGCAAAGUUACCGUAUCUCUAUACAUU